AUGGAUUAUUUCAUGAUGGAUGUCACUAAUGUUGCUAGAGUUACUGAGAUAACCAUUAGCCCUAACACAUGGUCAGACCACACAAUGGCGUUCCUGACUGUUUUACUGAAUACGCUGCAUGGAACACAAGUGCUUAAUGCUCAGCUGCCCGUAUUAGAUCUUUUGGUCUGUGUCUUCUUCGCUGUCAGCAGCUGUCUCCUUAUCUACAGGAAUCCCCUUCAUGGCAGCCUGAAUCUCAGUCAGAGCAUAUCAGAUCCACUCCUUCCCUUCCUGAGGGUCGAUUUCCUAGCCACGUUCAUGUUUGGCCUGCUGUGGCUGGCCUACCCUGAUUGGCUGCUUGGAUUCCAGGUUGUCGGCACGCUGGAUUCCCUGCACUUGCACAUUACCAGAGCAUUUGGAGCCAUGAUGAUUGGAGACAGCUUUGUCUCAGUUGCCUCCCAGUGGUUUCACAUCAGACAGGACAAAACGUCUGUGUUAACCAGCAGAGCAGCAGCCACUUCCAUUCUCCUACUCUUCAUGAUAUGGACACAAAACACCACUCGUGCCUGGACUGUUGCUCACAUCUGGUUUGGGAUGCUGGGUGCUGCCCUUUGGACUGCAAACUCCCUCCUCGGCUAUCUCAAAGCUGACUGGGGCAAGAAAUCUGUUUAAGACUGUAGGAGGUGCGAAAUGUUAACCCAGACUGUAUAUUAGUAAUUCACAUUUUGUUCAUGCCAAGACUUUUUACAGUAAUGUUAGAGACUAAUGCUAUUUAAGCUUUAUAAUCUCUUUUCAGCAACCUCUUGGGUUUCCAUUUCUACCAUCAUGCAUUAGUGAAUUUCAUGCAUGCAUUGUGUAGCAGACCAAUGAAAAUUCCCUUUGUGCAAAUUAAUAAUAUAUCUCUUUUAGUUUCUCCUUUUUUCUUGAUUCUUUCAAACACCAAAGCCACAACGGUGGCAGAAUCAAUAAAUAUACAGUCAAAUAAUUUGACUUGUUUUAAUCUUAAAA